AUGGCAACUCUUCGCUCCGUGUUCAUCCUCGCAUUGGUCCCCGCACUCUACGCCGCGGCUGCGCCAAAGCAGCGGGGCGACGUCACUGCUGGGGGAAGCGCAGCCGUGGACGCGGCGAGUUGGGGCCGCAAGCUGCUGGAAGCGAGCGGCGGUGCGGACGUGCACGUGGGUGGCGAGGAGGAGGAGGUGCGGGAGGUGACGGACGGGCUGGACGAGGCGGUGCGGGUGCUGCUUGCUUCAGAUGUGUGGGAGCGGAUGAAGAAGCAGAACCCGAACUUAGGCAACUUGAAGAAGUAUGUGCCACAUAAGCCGGUCUGGAAGUUUGAGCAGCCGCUCAAGGCUUCGGGCGACGGGCUGGACGAGGCGGUGAGGGUGCUGCUGAGCUGGCAGAAGAUCAAGCAGAUGAACUCGCAUGAUUGCCUCAAAUGUGUGAAGCCCCUGAAGAGUGCUUCUGCUGUUAACGGGCGGUCCCUUCUGUCUGCUGCUGCUGAUGUGGCUUGCAACGGGCUCGCUCCUGCCAGUGAUGGUCGGAUUUCUGCAAUGCAACCCUCCACUGCCAGUGAUGGUGGGGUUCCUGCAGGGCAACCCGGUGAGCCACUGGAGCGGGGGAGUCAACCUGUGGAAGCCUCCUGCUGUGAAACCAGGGGACAUUCUUGUUUUCCAGUGAUUCGCAGUGACACACAACGUGCAGCGCUUGAAGAACAUCUGUGCCUUCAAAACCUGCUCCUUCUUCAACGCCGUGCCGCUCACCUCCGCUUUGCAAAUCCAUCCCGACCGUUGAACAUGGCUACUCUUCGCUCCGUGUUCAUCCUCGCUCUGGUCCUCGUCUCUCUCCCCGCGCUCUAUGCCGCAUCCGCGCCAAAGCGGGGCGACGUAACUGCUGAGGGGAGCGCAAGCUUGGACGUGGCGAGUUUGGGCCGCAAGCUGCUGGAAGCGAGCAGCGGUGCGCACGUGGACCACGUGGGUGGCGAGGAGGAGGAGGAGGAGGAGGCGGGGGAGGUGACGGACGACGGGCUGGACGAGGCGGUGCGGGUGCUGCAGAGCUGGAAGCAGUUGAAGGAGCAGAUGCAGCAGGUGAGGGUGCUGCAUGGCCCGGAGUUCUGGGAGCGGAUGAAGGCAUUCAAUGAGCAUUUGAAGGAGAGGAACCGGCGGUACGGAGGCUUGAAGAUGGCUGGGAAGCCGUUUGUAUGGAAGCCUAAGAAGCCGCUCAAGGCUUCGGCGAACGCGGGCAGCAGCACCGGCAAGGGCGCCAAGGGCGCUCUGCAGGCGGGCGGUAGCUCCAUCCUCAAGACCAUGAAGAAGGGGGUCUAA